AUGGAAGUCUGGCCCACCCGCCAUGAUUCCCUCCACCACCAACACCAACGCCAGGCAUCUCCUCCUCCCCCCUCGCUUCCUCUUCCCUCCCAGAGCUCUCCAACCCUCCCCAUAGAGUCUCUGGCCGGUUAUCCAGGUGUCUUAUCUCUGCACAAUUACCGUAAAUCCCUCUCGCGCACCCAGCAGCGCCGCGACGCUCCCGACGGCCAGGAAGGAAAGACGCUCAGGCGCAAGAACGCCGCUGCGAACCUUAACAAGACAACGACAACGCCCACAGCUCAAAUGGGAACUCUCUGCCAGCAGAAUGCAUACUACCAUCCGUUCGCUGCGUCUUCGACGACAUCGAGUCCUCCGCCGCCGCUGUCGCCGUCUUAUUCUCCCAGUGCGCUGAGUGAUCAAUUGUCUGACUUGGCGGAUGAGUAUAGAUAUCAAUUGUCUCCAGUGAUCGAUGUCGGCAGCUACGAUGGGAUGAUGGGCGAAAAGCAAAGCCCAUAUAAACUCCUGGACACUUUUCGCGAUCGACUCGAAAAGUUUCCCGACCCGGAAACCCCGGAUAUCGUCGGGUUUCACGGUCACAGCAGGGCUCGGUCAGACUCGGUUCUGUUCAAAACCCGGCGGGCGAGGAAACCGCCCGCAACGGCUACUGUGGUACAUCAGGGAACGUCGUUUGAGAUUCUGAAUCCGCACGAAUCUCUAGACUUUGCGCGGAUAGUCUCAUAUAUAGAGGAUGUCGAUAGCCAUUCGGCCAGUAAUUAUCAACGAGAUUCUUACCUCCAUAGCUCCGAUGGCUCUCAUACGAUUCACGAAGACAUUAUUCAAGAAGAGUCGGUGGCAGGGGAGGCUCCAUACGAUGCACCAUGCGAGGACUUCAAUGAAGAUGAAGAAAAAGCUCACGACGCCCUCGUCGGUGACUCACCUCAUCACCCAAUGCCAUCGAUCUCCGAGCGACUCGAAGAACAAGAGGUCGAAUCAUGCUAUACCCCCAGCGUCCGACCCAUGUCACGACCCUUGUCCAUGGUACGACCCUGGACAGCGCACAACGUAAUUGACAUCGGCGAACCUGGGCCCAUGAUCCGCGACGACGAAGACCUCCCUCCUGCACCUUUACCACAUACAACAGACAUAGACCCCAUUCAACUCGCCGCCUUGUACGAUAUCGGCCGCCUCCCCGAGCAAGGCAAAGGAACCGAUAACCCCACCGCCGUCAUCUACAGCGAACACCCGCCCCUCCGCAAAAAAUCCACCAUGACUCGCAAAAAGCGCAAGGCGCAAAAUUCCUCUUCUUCUUUCUCGUUUUCGCCGUCCGCUGCGGCUGCGACUGCGUCGGCGCCGUUGCGGCGGUUGCGAGGGAUCGCCCAGUCCCUCCGUCGAAAGACGUUUCCUAGGGCUAGCAUGUCUUAG